AUGGCUCGGUCACUGGAGUACACGCUAUCACCCUUGCCCCGGCCGGAGGCGCAAAUCCGUCUGCUUUACCUCAUUGCCGGCAACGAAGAAGACGAAAUACAUGUCAGCCUCUGCGUACACGACCUUGAUGAAGCCCCCGAGUACAACGCCAUAUCAUACACUUGGGGAGACUCACACGGCGAUAAGAAGCGCAUCUUCGUCGACAGAAAACCAUUCUUGGUUGGCCAGAAUUGUCACUAUGCACUUUGGCAGGCGAGGAUUCACCACCCGAAUCAUUUUGUCUGGAUCGACGCUAUUUAUAUCAAUCAACACGACGAUGCCGAGAAGAGUUUGCAGGUCCGGAAGAUGGGCCGAGUAUUUGCUGAGGCAAGUAUUGUCUUGGCCUGUGUAGGGCCGCAUGCCGACGACAGCAAGUAUCUUGUCCAGUGCGGAUUCGACGAUCUUGGCCUUUGGACCCAAAUGACUGCCAAGGAACAACGAUCCUGGUUGCGAGGCCGAGUGCUGGCGGAUCGUGCCUACCGCGCAAGUGAUGCUCUCCUCUUACGACCCUACUGGAAACGAGUGUGGGUGGCCCAGGAGGUGGCUGUCGCCGCUCGUAAGACUAUACUAUGUGGAGACAGCCGCUUGUUGUGGAGUACGGUCGACCUCCCCAUCGGACAGGAAUUGCAAUUCCUUCCAACUCCAUCCCCUUACCAACCCGAGGCCACGGCCGACUUCAUGGGAAGGAAACUGAACCCUUAUUUUCACCCGUCACCUACAGCUCUAGCGCAGGCUGGUUCGUUGGAUUUCACAGACGUCCUUGAAGCAUUUAAGAGCCACAAAUGCACAGACCCACGGGAUCAUGUAUAUGGGCUGCUCGCUCUGAUCAAAUGGCCCCCUGGCGUGGUGCCGCUACUUCCGGACUAUAGCUUGACGGCUUUUGAACUGGCAGUGAAGGUCCUUGAGAUACUCCCAGUCGACAAGAUGAUGCUUGUGGUUGAGCUACUCAAAAUCGAUCUUGAUCAACCCUCUGUGCGGCUGCAAUCGGAACGACGACGUACUGGAUGCUCGCCUUCUAAUAUGGCAACACUCAAUGGCUUUCCCCAAGACGGUCUUGCAAUUGAACAUGUCACUCUUACACAGAUCGGCACAAAACAUCUCUUGAGCACUGCGGUCAGCACUCGGGAUCAGAGAUUGGAAACGUCGCAAUUUCCUGCUAGGGAAGGCGACUUUCAGCUACGAGACUCCCGGAAACCAAUGAAUCUACUAAGCGAUUGGCUCGCCACUGACGGAUCUAUGAAAAGACGUUUUGGAGGCAGAAUCCCCAAAUUGCUGUUCCAAAGAUGUGAGACUGUCGGUCUUCUAUGUCACGAGGCCUCGACAGGAGACUUCAUAGCCCCUAUAGGUCGAGAGUAUUGGGAUUGGCGCGGCGGUGUAUUCUGGCAAUAUGGACUGGUCCUUAGACAAUUACGCGAAGACUGUUACAUGAUCGUCGGCCAGGCGCUCCUGAGAAACGGCUGCUACAAAUUGCAGUUUCACCAUCUUGAAGACGAGAAUGGGCUCAUUUUGAACGCCGAUCUGCACACUGCCAUGACGCUCGAAGAUCUGCUUAUGCUAGAAGUACAGGACCGCAAAGGAGAUGGCCGCUAUCAUCCUAUGAGAAGGAUGGGACGAUUGGCCACACGUGUCGUUGAUCCUGACACUGGGGAUGCUAGAGUCCGUCUAAGCAACAUGGAAAGAACGAGUAGAUCACGCAGUCCGCACUAUCGAAUGAUUCGAGGGCGCGGACAGACAGGCUGGGUAUGA